AUGGACAGGGCUGACCCACGUCCUGGCUACGCGCCAGCGACAGCUCCUAUGGGUCGCAGUGUGCCCUACAAUGAAGAAACUAUGUCCACACCUGUAUCUCCGCCGGUGCAUGACGAUCCCAUGCGUGUCAGUGCGAUGGUGGCGAGGGAGGGGCCGCCGCGCGACGUACGUGGUCCUCUUCCUCCGCCGACGUUGUCUUCGCCACGUCGCCUGCAUCGAAGUGAGUACCAUGGCACAGAGUUUCCGCCGUCGUAUGCAAAAGAGGGAGGGGAGUGGCCUCCUGCGCCCUCCUCGUCUUCGUCCGACAUGCCAGAGCGGCCCUUCUCCGCCUCGUCGCGGCCACCCUUUCCACGUCCCUCUGUCACGGAGGAGCGGCAUGGGGGCCAAGUCCCCACGUCUCUGCCGCCACGCAGUGCGACAGAGCCACACGAAGAGCCCAUGUCUUCCUCAACGUCGCAUCAUCGUACACCGUCAGGUAUGUACCAUGACUACGUGCCUCCGGACGAGCGUCGGGCCGUACCACACGACCCAAUCGAUGCAUUCCCUGGCCCUCCACGAGUAGGCGCGCCAGAGCGUCUCAAACGCCCUGCGUCGCCGCUGUAUGAGCGGUCGUACGACCAUCCUGACGCGUCUCUGCCGCGGCUACGGGACAGCCAGGACGCGGCGCCUAGUGCGUCGAUGCACGCCCAAGAUGGCACAGCACCGCACCACCACCAUCAUCACCACCACCAUACGAUUCCGCACCACCACCACCACCAUGUGGUGCCGCAUCACCAUCACCACCAUCAUCAUCGUGCGCAGGCGACCGAUGAUGCACAGGAGGACAAGGCGGCGAUGACACAUGAGCAGGCCCACUCGCAUCACCACCACCAUCACCACCACCAUCAUCACCAUACCCUCGGGAGCCACCACCACCACCAUCACCACCGGCCUGCGGACAUGUCAGCGCCAAGGUACGAGCAUGAGCGCGGGUACGAGUCGGGUGCGCCUCCUCACCACCAUCACCACCACCUCCACGCCCAUCACCCUCAACGUGCCGCAUCGCCAACGCAUCAAGAGCGACCGUCUGAGGUGCGGGAUGCGUGGUCGGCGCAGGACGAGCUGCCCGUCUCGGAUCUACGCUCCUACCUUCCGCCUGACGCAGCGAACCCUCCGCUGGACAGUGUGCAAGGCAGGGAAUCGGCGGUAGCGACAGCAGCAGCUGCGGAUAUGCCGCCUCUGUCGUCGGUCGAGCUGAAGCUACGUGAGCUGUCGUCUGGUCCGCGUGUGGAUAAUGAGCCUGUGUGGCAGUUUUUGGAUCGGUGUGAACAGAUGGAAGAAGUGGCUCGGAAAGAGGAAAAGGCGCAGCCACGCGAGUCGGAGACAUCCGACAAAGGCACCUCGACUGUGGCGCCUGUGCCGCCCCCCGAGAAGCCGAUGCCUCUUUUUGGUCUUGGCCAGGACCGUGGGCGUGCUGUACGUCAUCUUGGCUCGUUCCUGUACGAUCCAACCGGCCAAUCGACCAUCCCUGCGGAGUUGCUAGUGAACAAUAUCGGCGCGACCAUCGAGGUGCGCAUUAGCGGGCGUACCAUUGGCCUUGGCAUUACUGAGGCAGAAUGGCAGGCUGACGAAGCGCGUUUGCAGGCACACGUCAUGGAACGCAUUCAGCGCGAGGCCGAGCAGGGCAUUGAGCCGUCGCUGGCGCUGGAACGUACGCCGGCGGUCAUGCCGUCUGCGGACGAGUUCCGAGGGCGCUGGCGACUUGGCUGGCGUGGCCUGGAGCAUGCACGGAUCAACCGAGAAAUUCGGCUGGCACAUGCAUGGCACGAGCAGCGGUGCCAGGAGAAAGUGUCCAAGCGACGACGUACGUGGACGCCGCCACGGCCGGCUGACACCCCGGCGCUGCCUACGCAGCGUGUGGACGAUGCGACGCUGGCGCACGCGGCCUGGCAGUUCUGGGCUCAGCCAAGCUUGGAUCACCGCAAGUUGUGGGGCACCGAUGUAUACACGGACGACUCGGACGUGCUGGCUAUGUGUGUGCAUGCAGGCUGGAUUGAGGCGCCUCACAUCCCCGGUGUCCCAGAAUGGCUGAGUGGCGGCGGAGGACGUCGAGUGGCCAAGGCCUGGACAGCGUUGGCAGAGCGCCAAGCGGCACAGACCGGCGAGCCACUGGAGGCGCUGCCGCCAGGUCCGCCUACCUACUUGGUCCCUCAUUCGACAUGCGACUUGUCAGUGGUCCUGCGCAUCGCGCCGAAGCUGAUCUUGUACAAGGGCUGCCAUCGCGGCGGCGUGCAAAGCCGAAGUUGGGGCAAUACCCAUGACGGUGUGAGCCUCGUCGUGGAGAGCGUAGAGCUUCGAUCGCCUCAGUAUGCGGCCUGCAAUGGCCGCCGAUCGGCCAAGGCACGUAUGACGCACAUGCAAACGCUGCGGCAGCUUGCACAGACUGUGCCUGUACCGCGCUCUAUCGCGAACCACGCCGACGAUCACGCGCCUCCUUUGGCCCUCCCGGCGAUGGUCCACAAGGGCGCGCGGGCGUUUUGGGAUGUGCGUAUGCCUGCCAAGGCUACCUAA